UAUUUAUGCUUCCUUCGUGUAGAGAUAGCUAUCUUGAUGUCUAAAUUUGACGGUCUUAUCUUUAACCUUUGCCAUUUCUUUUUGGAAGUUAAGCUGAAGGCGUGAUGGCGGGUGUCAUAAAUAUUGUUUUGUGUGUAGCGUCUUUAGUUUUAAUCGCAGCGGUCCAAACCGAGGCUGUGACAUACAAGUGGGAUCAGUGGACAAGCUGGACACAUUGUAACGCCACAUGUUCUGGAACAACGUACCGUAUCCGAGCAUGUAUACGUCAUAUAACAAAUGUAUCUGAUCAUUCAACUGAUAUUUCACAUUGCGGUAGAGGUGGAUCAGGUCCUUUUGAUUACGACAGAAAAAGCUGCGGACCAGUCUGCGAUCUAAGUCAUUGGAGUCAAUGGUCGACUUGGUCACAAUGCAGUGCAAGCUGUGACGAUGGAGUAAGGUAUCGUGCACGCCACUGUGAUCAGGGUGACACGUGCAAAGGGGACGUUUUUCAGCAAGAAAAGUGUAACAUCAAGAGAUGUCUUCAUCGAGUUGAUGGACUUUGGGGUGAUUGGGCCAGUUGGGGUAAAUGUAGUACGUCAUGCGGUCUCGGGUACAAUGUCCGCUAUAGGACAUGUGACAACCCAGCCCCGGCAGACGGCGGUGCAGACUGUGUAGGCAAACAUGACCAGGUUCGUGUGUGCCCAACGGUCCAUUGUCCAAUUGAUGGCCAAUGGGGUGAUUACACAACUAAUUCAUGUACAGUAACAUGCGGUGUUGGGGUGCUCGUUUCGGUGAGAAAAUGUGAUAACCCACCUCCUCAGUAUGGCGGGGCUGAAUGCACUGGUUCUGCCACGAAGUUUGAGAAAUGUGUCAAGGACCUCUGCGCCGUUGAUGGCAAAUGGACAGAGUGGGGAAAUUACUCAGAUUGUCGAGUUGUCUGUGGGGACGGUCACCAGACCAGAACGAGAACCUGUACAAAUCCCCCACCUCAGAAUAGCGGUAAAGACUGUAUUGGUGAUGCCAUUGAAAGACAUGCCUGCAAUAACGGCCAGUGCCCUACAGAUAUAAAGAUAUGUGACAAACAGCGUAUUCUGAACGCCCAAAUGAAUAUAAACUCAAACAGCACAAUUGCUCCGACCACAGCUGUCUGUAACACGAAAAGUUCUGGGGAACCAACCAGUUUCUCGUUGCUCGAUACAUAUUGCAGCGUCCCUGUCGACAGAUCAAAAUGGCGUCUUGGAAUAAGGAUUCAUGAUAACUGUGAGUUAAUUCCCCUGUACACACCCGUAGGUUCAUCAGAUAACGGCGUUCAUGUGAGAGAAGUUGGUGUUAUGACUGACUGCUUCGGAGAUACGCUUCAAAUGCUGUCAUGUGACAGUGACGUCACAGUUAAGUCAUACAAUCUAACAAACAGUAUAGCCAGUCUUCACAUGAUUCUGUUCGAAAACUGACACCACAGCGAAAUGGCCUUGUUAAAUAUUGUAUUAUGGAAUAUAAAUAUUUAUUCCCGAGGGUUUCUGUUAUAAUUUAUUAAACCAUUUUCAUGAAAGA